AUGAGUUCAAGGAAGCGUUCGAGGUCUCGAUCUAAAGAACGAGAUGGGCGUAGCGACGAUCGCGACGUAGCGAGGGACAAGAGGUCGCGCAGGGAGGACGAAUCUCGACGCUUUAGCGAGCACUCAAGAGGCGAGGACUCCCGUCGCGACGGCAGGGACAGAGACAGGGAGAGGGAGCGAGACAGAGGCCGCGAGCGCGAUCGCGACGGUGGCUACCGCGACCGCGACCGCGACCGCGAGCGUGAUCGAGGCGACGUGGACAGGGAUCGCGAGCGGGAGCGAGAGCGAGACAGGGACAGAGACAGAGGAUCCGGGAGGGACCGCGAGAGGGAGCGGGAGCGGGAGCGCGAACAGCGCGACAGGCGAGACAGAGACCGAGAAAGGGAUCGGGACAUGGACGAGCACCGGGAGCGAGAGCGGGAGCGCGAGAGAAGGCGGAGUCUCUCCAGUGAGAGGAGACGCAAUUCGCGCUCCAAGUCGAGGGACAAGGCCGACGCCGAGGAACAGGAGAAGGAGGAGGCAAAGAUGCCGCAGAGCAAGUACGAGGAGGGCUCCAUGGAAGCCAUGAUGGCCGCGAUGGGCCUGCCCGUGGGCUUCGAAACAACCAAGGGCAAGCAGGUCGAAGGCAACGCACAGGGUGCCGUCAAGGUGAAACAGAAGCGAGAAUACAGACAGUACAUGAACAGGAAGCCUGGCGGCACAGGAAAGAGAUAG